CGUACUUGGCACUGAUCCCUCCUUUCAGUAUAGACUACAGUUUACAUUAGGCAGCAUUUUUUUUUUUAAAUAUUUCUUGUCAGGGGGAUGAAUGUGUCAUAAAUAGUUCGCGUUUAUAGAGGGUAGUGGAUGCAUGUUUAGCAAUGCGAUGAGGCCAGUGCACUUUGCAAGACUUGCGCUGCAGAGAGCCUCCGCGGAUCCCACGACCUGUUGCUGCUGACAAGCCGGGGGAAGGGAGAGGGAGCAGGGGAGCCGCUCGGGAGAGACAGAGGGUACUUGCCUUGGAGACGACAGCCUGGGUUACUUCAGCGGAGCAAAUCAUGCAGUUUGCAAUCUGGCUGGUUGGACUAAUGUGUCAUCUGUCAGCACUUGUCCGGGACACUUUGCAAUACCGAUUGCAUCCAAAACAAGAAAGCUUCAUCAAGCAGCUGUCAUCGUAUGAAAUCAUCACCCCGCUCCGUGUGAAUGACUUCGGAGAAUCAUUCCCCCACACAUUGCACUACAGAAGGAGACGGAGAAGUUUAAAUGACGACCUGUCGGGUUUACGGGUUCACUACAGGAUUGAUGCAUUCGGGGAACGCUUUCAUCUCAAUCUGACCGCGGACUCCGGCUUCAUCGCCCCCUCUUACACAGUGACACACUUGGGAGCGGAACAGAGCAACGGCACGGACUCCUACUUCCAGGACCCGGCCGAUAUGCGCCACUGCUUUUUCCGCGGACACGUCAACGCCAAGAGCGAGUACCCCGCCGUCUUCAGCCUGUGCACUGGCCUUAUUGGAACUUUUACGACACAACACGGUGAAUAUUUCUUGGAGCCGCUUUUAAAUGCUGCAGGGGAGGAAUAUGACGAAGAGCACAAUAAACCUCAUCUAGUCUACCGACAUGAGAGGAAGUGGAACGUUUCGAAAACCGACAACAACACGGAGACCUGUGCUGCCUCAGAGGACUCCAAGAGGCCGGUGUCUUUUGAGAGCAGAGGAAACAUGGGAGAGGAGCUGGACUCUCUUAGAACCACAAUAGAUGAUCAACACAUUUAUGAGAACAACUCCACCACCACACACUCCAGAUCCCCACGCCGACGCAAGCGCUUCCUGUCUUACCCUCGCUACGUUGAGCUGAUGGUGACAGCGGAUGCCAAAAUGGUGCGUCACCAUGGACGCAACCUAGAGCACUACAUCCUAACAAUCAUGUCAGUAGUAGCAGCAGUGUACAGGGAUCCCAGCGUAGGAAACCUCAUCAACAUCAUGAUUGUCAAACUAGUCAUCAUCCACAAUGAACAGGAAGGGCCCACAGUGAGCUUCAACGCUGCCACGACUCUUCACAACUUCUGUGUUUGGCAGCAAAGCCAAAACGUCCAGGAUGACAGCCAUCCCUCUCACCAUGACACAGCACUUCUCAUCACCAGGGAAGACAUCUGCCGUGCGAAAGAUAAAUGUGACACGUUAGGACUAGCCGAGCUGGGAACCAUGUGCGACCAGUACCGGAGCUGCUCCAUCAGCGAGGAAAAUGGAAUUAGUGCCUCCUUCACCAUCGCUCAUGAGCUGGGCCAUGUGUUCAACAUGCCUCAUGAUGAUAACCCAAAGUGUCGCGAGGCAGGCAUGAAGCACCAGUAUCAUGUCAUGGCUCCCACCCUCAACUACGACACCAAUCCCUGGUCAUGGUCCAAGUGCAGUCGCAAGUACAUCACGGAGUUCUUAGACACUGGAUACGGAGAGUGCCUCCUUGAUGAACCUGUGGGCAGGACGUACGAGCUGCCCACCCUCCUCCCUGGUCAAAUCUACAAUGCCAACAGACAAUGUGAACUGAUGUUUGGACCUGGAUCCCAAAUUUGCCCCUACAUGAAACAGUGCAAGAGGCUGUGGUGUACGAGUGCAGAAGGGGACCAUAAGGGAUGUCGCACACAGCACAUGCCACUGGCUGAUGGGACUGACUGUGGACAUGGAAUGUAUUGCAGACACGGAAUGUGUGUAAACAAGGAGUUGGACCUGCAGCCAGUUCAUGGGGAGUGGGGUCCCUGGGGGCCCUACAGUGUUUGCUCCAGGUCCUGUGGUGGAGGAACCCGAAGCACCGCCAGAGACUGCAACAAGCCUGAGCCCAGAAACGGCGGUAAGUUCUGUGUGGGUCGCAGGAUGAAGUUUCGCUCUUGCAACACUGAGCCAUGUCCGCGAGGCCGGAAAGAUUUCCGCGAAGAGCAGUGCUCGCAGUUUGAUGGCAAGCACUUCAACAUCAACGGUCUACCUCCAACCGUCCGCUGGGUGCCCAAGUACAGUGGCAUACUUAUGAAGGAUCGCUGUAAGCUCUUCUGCCGGGUUGCUGGGACCAUGGCAUAUUAUCAGCUGAAGGACCGCGUCAUCGACGGCACGCCGUGUGGGCCAGACACUUACGACAUCUGUGUUCAAGGCCUCUGCAGGCAAGCAGGCUGCGACCACGUCCUCAACUCGAAGGCCAGGAAUGACAAGUGCGGAGUGUGCGGCGGGGACAACUCAUCGUGUAAAACCCUGGCGGGGACCUUCAACGAUGCACAGUAUGGUUACAACACAGUGGUCCGGAUCCCAGCUGGAGCCACCAACAUUGAUAUCAAACAGGUCAGCUACUCUGGGAAGCCAGAAGACGACAACUACCUCGCAUUAUCUGACAGCCAGUCCAACUCCCUCCUGAAUGGGAACUUUGUGGUGGCCAUGUUCAAAAGGGAAAUCACCUUCAAGGGAACCGUCAUUGAGUACAGCGGCUCGGACACAAAAGUAGAGCGCAUCAACUGCACCGACCGCAUCGAGGAGGAGCUCGUCCUGCAGGUCUUGUGUGUGGGAAACCUCUACAACCCAGACGUCCGUUACUCCUUCAACAUACCCAUCGAGGAACAUAGGGAGCAGUUUGUGUGGGAUCCUUCAGGCUCCUGGCUCGAGUGCAGCCGCAUCUGUCAGGGUGAGCGGAGGCGGAAGUCAGUGUGUGUGCGUAAGAGCGAUCACCUCGAGGUAUCCGACCAGCGCUGUGAACAUUUACCUCGUCCCGUUGCUGUCACUGAGCCCUGCAACACCGACUGCGAAGUCAGGUGGCAUGUUGCUGGAAAGAGCGAAUGUUCUGCUAAAUGUGGUCCGGGCUACCGCAGCCUGGACGUUCAGUGUAUGAAGUACAACCUGGUGAAGAGACAGAGUGAGAGGAUGGAGGCCGGCAUGUGUGGAGAAGUUGCAAAACCUCAGACCAGAGAGCCCUGCCAUGGGGACUGUCUGCUGAAGAACUGGCAGUACAGCGCCUGGUCACAGUGCUCAAAGACAUGUGGACGCGGGAGCCGUAGCAGAGAGUCUUACUGCAUGAACAACCUGGGCAGACGGCUGAUAGACAGGGAGUGCAAUGAGUACCAGAGGGUGGUGACUGAAACCUGCAACGACCAGCCGUGUCCGAAGUGGACCGUGAGCGAGUGGAGCGAGUGCCUGGUGACUUGUGGGAAAGGGAUGAGACACAGGCAAGUGUCCUGCAGCAUGGGGGCCGGGGAGGAAAAGCUGAGCGAGCACUUCUGCGACCUGUCAAGCAAACCUCAAGCCGUGGGCAACUGCGAGCUGCCCGAGUGUGCAUCCUGGCAGGUCGGCGUCUGGGGAGCGUGUGCGGUGACCUGUGGUCAUGGCUACCAGAUGAGAGCUGUGAGGUGUGUGUCGGGGGACUAUGGUGACACAGUAGAUGACAGAGAGUGCAAUGCUGCGGCGAGGCCCAGAGACAGUCAGGACUGUGAGAUGCCAGCGUGUCCCUGGGCCUCUCCGGCACAAAGCACACCUCGUCCCGACAACUCAGCCCAGCUCCUGACUCAGUGGAGAUACGGCUCCUGGACUGCGUGCUCUGUGUCCUGUGGCAAGGGGAAGCGAGAGCGUUACGUCAGCUGCAGAGAUGCCCAGGGAGGGGUGGCGGACGAGUCAUACUGCGCCCACCUGUCGCGCCCACCAGAGUCCUCCGCCUGCUUCAGCCCCUGCGGCCAAUGGCGUGCCGGCGAGUGGUCUCCCUGUUCAGUCACAUGUGGCGCGGGAAGAACCACCAGACAGGUGGUCUGCUCUAACUACCACCAGCCAGUGGACCAGUCUUUCUGUGACCCGGAUGAAAAGCCCGUAACAGAACAGGAGUGUACCGCUGCACCCUGUUCCUCCAUCUACCACCGCCAGCGCAUCAACGACCAGCCCUACGGCUAUCCCCAGGACCCAGGGCGCCAUCCUGGGCACAGCAGCUGGAACGUGCCCUCAGCAGACAACCAGUGGAGGACUGGACCCUGGGGCGCAUGUUCCAGUACCUGUGCAGGAGGCUUCCAGAGACGAGUGGUGGUCUGUCAGGACGCUGACGGACGCAGCAACAGCUACUGUGAUGAGAGAGUCAAACCUGCCGAGUCCAAGAGCUGUGACUCAGGGCCCUGCCCUCUGUGGAACUACGGUGUCUGGGGAGAGUGCACCCAGACCUGCGGUGGAGGAAGGAGGACUCGCCUGGUGGUGUGUCAAAGGCCCAACGGUCAGAGGCUCAACGACUACAACUGUGACAUCCUGGAGAAACCGCUCGACAUGGAGCAGUGUAACCAGCAGCCCUGCCCAGGCUCCGCCUCCUGGCACCGCCGACCAUGGAAGCCGUGUUCAGUGACUUGUGGUCGGGGGACCAAGAAGCGGGAGAUAGCCUGUGUUCUUCAGAACCAAACCAAGAUAGAGGAGGAGCACUGCAGUCAUCUGCCUCGGCCGCGAACACAGAAGGCCUGCCGGGCGCGGGGAUGCCCCAGUUGGAAAGCCAACAGGUGGAGGGAGUGCUCUGUCACCUGUGGAGUCGGAGUUCAGGAGCGAGAUGUUUACUGCAGGCUAAAGGGCACCGGAUUAGUACGGGAGGAUCUCUGUGAUGCUCGCCAGCGGCCCGCUGCCGCCCGACCAUGCCAAACUGCAGAAUGCACACAUUACUCUUGGGUCGCUGGUGAAUGGGAAGAAUGUAAUGCAACCUGUGGAGAAGGCAUGAGGAGCAGGAAGGUGGGGUGUAUGGGCCCAGGGAUGACACCCGUCCAGGAUGAUUACUGUGAGCCAUCGACCCAGCCUCCGUCACAUCAGCACUGCAAGGCAGCUCCCUGCCACUACAUAUGGAUCACAGGGGAAUGGUCUCAGUGCUCUGCCAGCUGUGGUGUUGGCUACCAGCAGCGUAUCGUCUCCUGCUCCGUGGUUCCCUCCUCCCAGGCUGCGCACCCAUACGCUGCUGCCCAGUCCUCCUCUGCCAGCACCCACUGCCCAGAGCCUCACCCUCCUGGCACCCGGCCGUGCCUUCUCAGGGACUGCCCGCACACAACCUACUGGAAAGUUGGCCCGUGGAGCAAGUGCUCACAGACCUGUGGCGCAGGAGUGAUGGAGCGCAGAGUGGAGUGUGUGACCUCCAAAGGCCAACCGUCCAAACACUGCCGUCCAUCAGAAAGACCCGAGUCUCAAGCUGCAUGUCAAGACAGAGAAUGCCAAUUGUUCGCCUCCUGCCGAGAGGUCCAGAUGAGACAGGGUGUGAGGAUAGAUGGUGAAUACUAUCUCAAAGUCAAGUCCCGGAUCCUGCAGAUUUACUGUGCCGAGAUGCAGACUGAUUUCCCCAAGGAGUACGUGACCUUGCGCAGCGGUCAGACGGACAACUUCUCAGAGGUGUAUGGACACCGGUUGCUGAACCCUUUUGAAUGCCCGUAUAACGGCAGCCGAAGACAAGACUGCGACUGUAGGAAUGACUACUCAGCAGCGGGAUACACACUCUUCCACAAAGUUCGUCUGGACCUGAGCUCUCUGAGGAUAAUGAUCACAGACCUCCAGUUUUCCCAGACUCUUCUUGGUCGACCUGUGCCCUUUGCUACAGCAGGAGAUUGUUAUAGUGCAGCCAAAUGUCCACAGGGACAGUUCAGCAUCAAUAUGAUUGGCACUGGCCUCAAAGUGGCUGAGACCACCAAGUGGACAUCUCAGGGCAACUAUGUUUCCGUCAAAGUCCACAGAUCUGAGGACGGAACAAGAAUCUACGGUCGCUGCGGUGGUUUCUGUGGGAAGUGCAUUCCCCAGGCUCACAACGGCCUGCUCCUUGAAGUCCACUGAGGGCCAUGCAGAGACCAAACCCCUAAAUCUACCCUGAAGACAGUAGCCCAGGAACAUGCAAUAACAGUGAUUUGUUUGAGCCUGUAGUCAUCUGUGAGUGUGGUGGUGGAGCAUUUAACAGUAAUCAUUCUAUAGUAACAUCCCCAGUUCCCAAAUGGCAGCUAAAACAUACAUGACACUAACCACCGUGCAGUACUCCAGGGCCGCUGUCGGGUCCUUCAUCCAAACUGCUAACUCUGAAGAGGAUCCGGCUGCAGUAUAUUUGCGUGCCAUCAGUGUUGCAGUGGCUAUCGAACACACCUUCGCUUUGAAACCUAGAAUGCUUUUUGUUCUGACACUGUUUUUUAUCAUCAUGCAAAGGGAUACAGUUCCUCAAAACAUUGGGAGAGCAACAACACAAACAGUAGAAAAACCCUAAUAGACACAUCCUCUCUGUUCAAGAAGCAAAUCCUCAUUUAAAAAAACAGCAUUCUCUUGUGGUACUUGUGGAAAUGAAGUGUAUUUUGUAAAAAAAAAAAAAAAAAAAUUCAAGAAUUCCAUCAUGAAAUACCUGGAACUAAACUUGUUAUAUGUGACCUUCCAUGGUACAUAGUUAUUUCUAUCUAAAGCUCUUGUAAGCGUUUAGUUGACACUUAUCUAACUGACUUGCAAUCAAUGAGACAUUAUAAAAAAUCAACAUACUGUAUGUAUGUAAUAAUCACUGCAGUCCUCUAGUAAUGAAGAGGUGCUACAGACAGGCAUCAGAGUAGAAUGUGAGGUAUGGCUUUGUUAUUGUUUUACAGUAUGACAGCUAUUAGGGUGAUAUAAAAAUAUGUAAUACAAAAACAAAUUUUUUUUUUUUUUUUUGCGACUACUGAGAAAAUCUUGGCCUUAAAGGAAUAGUUCAACAUUUUGACAUUUAUGUUUGUUUACUUUCUGGUUAGAUGAGAAUUUGAAUACCACUCUCAUGUCUGUCCGCUAAAUAUGAAGCUACUGCCAGCAGCUAGUUAGCUUAGCUUAGUGUAUUUCCCAAACUGUCUAACUAUUCCUUUAGUGCGCAAGACUUAUAGAAAGAGUAAUGUGGCAAAUUUAGUAACUACUGAUGUCCUCCCAGACCUGCCUUAUCUCAGAGGUCAAACUUUAGGAGAACGUUAACAUUAAUGUUAACAUGAACUCAGAACGUUAGGAGCCGUUAGAGCAAGAGCAGAUCAUUUUAGUAUUCAUUUUUUGUGUGUUUGUAACCUGUCUGCUGUCAUUCUCCUGUCAGUCAUUUCACCAAACUACUGAAACCUGUGUAGACAGUCCACUGACUGACAUAGAGGCAAUGUAAACACCAGUGCUGUGAGGAAAUAACUGACAUUUUUCAAUAUUUCCUAGUGUUUAAGUACAGUUUAAAAGUUUUCCAUGGCUUUUUUUAAACCAUGAGGAUUGUUGUAUUUUUUAAGAAAUUUAUUAGUGUUAUUUUAAUUACGUCACACAGACAAGUUCUCAUCUGUUACGCCGUGACACAGUAUCAGGUGUGAUGUCUCAUGUCACACCCUCCAUCGGGCCUGCUGUAGGUACCUGCAACCCCUACCUCUCACAAACACCCAUACUCUACUGAGAUAUGUGUUGUAAUAUAUUUAUGUCUGACCAUAUUUAUUCUAUAUUGACUUGUAGAUACAUUCUGUGUUUUAAGGUACAAUGACUACUACCAACAGGGAAGCCAUUGUCUGAUGUUUUUGUCAUACAUCUGCUUUGCUAAAAAAAAAAAAAGAAAAAAAAAAAAAAGAUAUUAGC